CACUGGCAUACCGUGGUUCGUUACGAUUCCCUUAGUACAACCUGCGUACUUAUCCAACGUCAUCGGCGAUUCACAUUUCCUCGAGUGCUAGUGCGGUGAAGAUCGAAGCAAGACUCGAGCUUGGUUGUCAAGUAGCCUUCAUUAAACGUUAUUCCUUAACUAUAACGAGCCAUUUUUUAGAUUUUUAUUCGAUUAUUCGGUAAUUCUUGGUGCUAUUUAAUUUUUAUUCGGCGCCAAUUCUGCAUCAUCAGGCCUUUAAAGAAAGGUCGCGUGCCAACCGAGCCGCUCGGGACAUCCGAAGCGGCGUUUAUAGCUCGUCUUAUUGCCCAGUUUAUUACGUCGUAACGGCUUAACGAUCAUCGGCCACACGGACUGACGAGUUCUCAACAGCGGUCGUUCGUUUGAAAAAGACCAUAAAAUUCAUUGUCAUGAACCAUCAAAAUAUACGGUACGAUUUCUUGGACCAUUGACAAUUGACACCAACCGUGUUUAAUCCACCGGCCGCCGAUGACUUUUACGACCUUGCGGCCGGUUUUACAUCUUUACUUUGUAGUGUUCAUUUUGACACCUAUUCUCUUUCAUCAUUGACAAGUAGUGAUUACUGUUGUAUACCUGUCGUGCAUUUAUUACUUGUAAAUCAUUUUUGACCACUUGUCUGGUGAAUUUUAACUGUUAAACCGAGCGAUUACGCUCAAGUUUUUUUUUUCGUGUGCGGGUGUUUGAGUGCUAGUGUUUCAAGAUACCCGGGAUAAUGAACUCGUACUUUGAGCAAAGCACGAGUGGCUUCUACGGAAGCCACCAUCAUCAAACGAGCGCAGCAGGACAGCAUCAUGAUCCAGCAACAGCUGCUGCUUACAGUCGAUUUCCACUUGGUUUGGGAAUGUCACCAUACGCAUCCAGUCAACAUCAUCAUCACACAUCCAGUGGUCUUGGGAUCCAUCCAGGUAGUGGUACCAAUACUAGGCCACCUCAAGACUCUCCAUAUGACGCAAGUGUUGCUACUGCUUGUAAACUCUACUCGUCUACUCCAGAAGCAACUGGACACACCACGUCUUCGUAUUCUAGUUCUGCUAUAAAAGACUGUAAACAGCAAGAACAAGCAGUAGCCGCGGCUGCAGCAGCUCAUCAGAAUGGUUAUGCUGCUGUGAUGGCUGCUGCCGCUGUCAAGGACGUUUGGCAAUCGGCGACCUCAGGUGCGAAUGGUCAAAGCAACCCAGUUGUCCGUCCGUCCGCGUGUACGCCUGAAGGCACGCGAGUCGGCAGCUACGGCGGUCUCGUGGGCGGCGAUCCCGCCUCAAGUCCCGGUAACAACGGCUCCUCGAGGUCCCUGACGUCCUCGUGGAACACCUGCAGUCUCAACUCCACCGCAAGCCAACCGGUCGCUACUCAGCUACACCAACAACCCGGUGGUAACCAUACCUUCUACCCCUGGAUGGCCAUAGCAGGUAAGGACGAUAUCGCUAAGCCGCAUUGGACAUGGUUGCAAGGUGCGAAUGGGUUGCGCAGACGUGGUCGCCAAACCUACACGCGCUACCAAACAUUGGAGUUGGAGAAGGAAUUUCACACAAACCACUACCUUACAAGGCGGAGGCGAAUCGAGAUGGCGCACGCGCUAUGUCUGACAGAAAGACAAAUAAAAAUAUGGUUUCAAAAUCGACGGAUGAAGUUAAAAAAGGAGAUUCAGGCGAUCAAAGAAUUGAACGAACAGGAGAAGCAAGCGCAGGCACAAAAAGCGGCAGCAGCUGCUGCAGCGGCGGCAGCGCAUCAACAGCAAGGAGGUGGUGGGGGACCUGAAGGGGGCAACUAGGGGUACGCCCUGCACCGGAGCCCCCCUGACCACCCUAAUGCCAAUCCACACCAUCCUCUGUUAGCACCGCAAUGUACACAGCUAUAUUAAGGUGAGUGGCAGGCUGCUCCAACCGUUUUAUAAUGCCAAAUAGGUGUCGAUGUGCCGCUCCAAUCCGUCGAAAGUCAGUUUAUCGGUUGCGGCGUAAGGAUGCUGCACCCGGUGAGUGACGAUGAACCUCUCGGAGUCUCCUGUAGUGAACUUAUGACGCAAUCUCAUUUACUGAACAAGUUAAUUAACAAUUAAAAUACCCCACAGACCAAACAGCCAUGCCCGAGAACGAAACAUGUUUGUAUAUGUCAACUAGAAUCACACCAGUAGGUUUUGGGACUUAUCUCUAUUUCUAGUACUAUUAGGUUAUUAAUUUAUUUUUUACUGUCUAUAGUGAAUAGUGCAUCGGCAUCCGUAGUUUUAAUCUUUAUAGUCGUCAAUUAAUUUACAUGAAUGAAUCAUCUGUUUCGGGAAUCGUGCAACGAAAUUCGAGCGGGCGGAGUGAUAUAAGUUUUAAAUUUAUUAUUAAAGAACGUGAGAGUACGUGUCGGUCGUGUUACAAAAAAUAUACGUAAUUAUGUAAUAAGUGAAUAUAUAAAUAAUUGAGAGUUGAAGUCUCUGAUGAUAAUAAAGUGCGAAAUACGUAAAUAAAAAUUAUAAGUAGAGCAUUUCGUAAUUAUAAAUAUUUAGAAUUUAGUAAUAUUAUUUAGAGAGCAAUUGAAAAUAGCGCAUGAAUUUUAUUCUUAGACGUGAGGAUUAAAUCCUAGUAAAUAUUAUAUGUUUAUAAAUUGUAGAACAUCGGUGUACAAAGUUUUAUCAAGAUAUUUAAGUUUUUUUUAUUAGUUAUUUUAUUAAUUAUUCUUGUAAUUAUUGAUUAUUUGCUGAAAAGCAAUUAAAAAAAAAUUUGUUUAAAUUUUUUUAAUUACGGGCAAUGUGUUCACUAUUGAGCCCGAAUAUGAGUACUGCUCUUGUUAUUUUUUUGUUAUAUUUUUUUAUUGUCCGCGAUAUGAGUCGAUAACGAGUCUUGAUCAAUUUUUUUAAAUUAUUAUUCUUAGACCAUUUCAAUGGGAUUAGUUUACUUUUUAACAAUUAUUUACGUACUUGUAUAUUGAUAUAAAAUUGAUAGCUCGUUUAAUUCGACCAUAUUUAUUUCAAAAAAAUAAAAAAAAAUUAUUUAUAAACGUUUUUGAGUGAAGUAUGACGUGCGAUAAAUAGAAAAAUUAUUGGGAUUACGGAAAAAUGUGAAAAAGCUACGUAAACGUACCUACUUAGUACCUCUGCGCCUGUUCGAAAGAAAAAUAAAUGUACAGUCACUGAGAGGAAUGUGGCGAUACUUUUAGUAAUGUUAUUCUAAUGAACAAUUGUAUACGAGUAGCUAUUACUAUAAGUGACACUACCAGCGAACGGUGGUUCAAGACAAAAAAAAAUCAUAAAAACUGAACAUAAAAAUAAAAAUGCAGUAUUUUUAAGCGGACUGUAAUUUUAGUGAUUAUUUAUUUUUGGAGCGUCAGAAGCGUUCUCUAAUCACUUAACUUGUUCUACACAAUUAUUAGAAGAAAAAAAUUAGAUUAACUGAUUAAUUGAAAGGAAAAACAUUUAAAUAAAAAAAAAAAUGCGGGUGUUGACGAUUCAAUCGUGAUUGUGUUAUAUUGUGUGAAUAUUACACGUACAAAAUUUGUCAUUAUCGUUUAUCUUUUUGUAACAUAUUGAAGUAUGAAUUAUUUACCGAACUCGAUUCCGAUAUGUAUGUAUUAAAAAUGACCAGAGCUACAUCUGCCUUCUAUGACACAUAUAAUAGAAAUGGGCAAUUUGAAUAAAGGCGGUUGUGGUGCUGGAUGUUAUUGUACUGUUACGCUGAUUAUACAAUUGCUGAAAAAAAGUGAAACAAAAUAAAGAAGAAUUUCGAUUUAAAAAA